AUGACCGGCCCCACCACAAAACAAUUCCCGGGCUUCGGCCUCCCAAUCGUUGGUGAUGACCAACGCCGGUCGAUUUUGCGGUUGCCCCUCGCCAUUGGCGCUAUGCCAUGGGAGAGCAAAGGGGUCACUGUCCGCGAGAAGCGGAUGCUUGAGUUCAUAAGCAGCAUCAGCGACAAACCGGAUUGGGACACCAAGGUGUUUGAUGAAACCAUCGUAGCCCGAUGGCGCACCGAGUCGGAUGUUAGACCAGAUGAACUGGAUGGGGAUGUGUAUCUGUCGCAAGAGAUGUUUGAUCAUUGCAUCGCUGAACUCCGAGACAAGGCCACCAGAUACAAGGAAACAGGCUGCGUCAACGUGCUUGACUCGGAGUUGACUGUGAUCAAGUCAGACAGCGCUAUCUCGGAGCAGCUCCGGAAUGAACUCCGGGACAAGGUUCGACCCCUAGAGGACGUCCCCGAGAAUGAGAAAGAUUGGCACCCUAAGUCUGACAAUCUUGUUCUCGAUCUUGUCCAUCCAUCUCUGUUCCCCGUCAUCUGGGGGGUAACACGUGCACUCAAGGAGGGCACCGUGCCGCUAGAUGGCUGCAUCGACUACACCGGCAAAGGGGACUUGGUCGGGUCCUUCGAGUCGAUGUCGAAUUCCUCCUCACUGCAAACCUGGGGAUCCUUCCAGUGGCUGCCGGCACAGGUCGAGCUCGCCACCGACGGGAGUGCCAAAAUUACGAGUUACAUCAACAACUUGCACCCGGUGCACCACAAGGCGUUGUACGGUACACUGGAGCGCAUCGUUGCGGCUACCGUCCCGCUCUGGCAGGAUGCGCUCAAUGGCUUUGCCAACCGCCUCCGGUUCAAGAUUCGGAACACUGGUGACGACGAUUACUCGUACCCGCCAGGGCUAUAUUACCGAGUCCCCGGUCGGCGCGGUCCUCGGGCGUGGUGGGACCCGACAGUAGACGAGUACUGCGACAAACACGGCAAUUCAGAGGACGACGACGACGAUUAUGACUGGCAGAAUGACAAUGCCUGGACGGAUUGGCAAGAUGAACACCGCACUCUCGUAUACCCCGAACCAAGGCGAUACAUCUCAGAAGCCGAAAUUGCCGCGAAGCGAGCCGAAGCCGAGGCUCUACGAGCCAAGGAGCAAACCGAGGGCAAAAACCAACCCUCUGGCGUCCGUUCUUUGAUCCAAGACUAUCCCCAGAUCGAUCUCCAGAAAUACCCCCCCAUCGACCUCCAAAAGGAUUUCCCCGACGGCCUGCAAGUCAUCUUCAAGCUCGCCAAUAUCCACCUGACCCCAGAGCAGCCCCGGUACCCUGGCGGUGCCUGGCAUGUCGAAGGAACCCAAAACGAGACAAUCUGCGCGUCGGCGAUCUAUUACUUCGACCAAGACAACAUCACAGACAGCCACCUUGCCUUCCGGCAGGCCAUCGACCAGGAUGAGCUCAUCAUGAUGCCUGCACAGAACGAGUACACUUCAUUAGAAACGUUCUUCGGCGUGGAACAACACGGGCCCUGCACGCAAACUCUCGGUCAGGUUCUCACGCGUGAAGGGCGUCUGUUGGUGUUCCCCAACUGCCUGCAGCAUCAGGUCCAGCCGUUCGAGCUCCAGGACAAGACCCGCGCGGGACACCGAAAGAUCCUGGCUAUGUUUCUGGUGCAUCCGCACCGGCCGGUCUUGUCGAGUGCACACGUCCCCCCGCAGAGGAGAGACUGGUGGGAAGCGGAGGUGCGGAGAAGCGGGGCGUUGUCGAACUUGCCGAAUGAGCUGAUUGAUAUGACGAUGAAGAGGGUGGAUUUCCCGCUGUCAUGGGAGCAGGCAGUAGAGACGAGGGAGAAAUUGAUGGAGGAACGAGGGAUGCUGAAUGAGCGCGUGGAGAAUUACAUGCAUCGGCAAACCUUUAGUUUUUGUGAACAUUGA